AUAACAUAUACAUAGUGUAAAUAUCAAAGCUCGUUUGCAGAGGAGUAUGUCUGAACUGAGCGACGAAGCCAGCAGUGAGUCGGAUCAGUUGGGCGCGAGUCUGUCCGUGUGGCUGGCGGACGGUGGAGAUGCUCUGAUCGGCCCGGAGGAGCUCAACGUGCCGCUGGAUCUCCACACCGCCUGCUCUAUCGGACAGUAUGAUGUGGUGACCGAAUGCAUUCGCAGGGGAGAUGUGGAUUUGGAUGGGAAGAACAUUGGUGGUUGGACUCCUCUGAUGUACGCAGCGUAUAUCGGUCACGAUAGCAUCGCUAACCUGCUGCUGGAGACGGGCAUCAGUGUCAACACCACCACGUCUAAAGGACUCACACCCCUGAUGCUCGCCGCCAGCUGUGGAAACGAGAGCAUCGCCCACUUCCUACUGCAGCACGGAGCGCAGCUUGAAUGUAAGGAUGUGCACGGAUGGACGGCUUUGUUGCACAGCACGGCUACUGGACAUCAGCAGAUGGUCAAAUUCUUAUUAGAGCAUCACGCCAAUGCAAAUGUCAAAGAGCCGCUGUCAGGAUUUACACCACUCAUGGAAGCAGCAGCGUCAGGCCAUGAAAUCAUCGUUCAGUACCUCCUCAACCAUGGCGUACGAACGGAGGAGAGGAACAUCAAGGGAGAAACGGCGAGAGCUCUGGCUAUGUUGUACGGACACACUAAAAUCGCCAGCCUCAUCGACAUGCACGUCAUGAGAGCCAAAUCAUCUCAGUAUGAGGAGCUGAGUUCCUCUGAAGAAGAAAGUUCGAGUCCUCGAGUCCGGUCAGCUCGCAGUAGAACCAGAGGACCCAGCAUUCACGACGGCCCUCAAGCCAUCGCGCGCUUCAGAGUCGGCCCCAAACACGAGGUUCCUGUGACCGGAUACAUGACCUCACGUGAAGCUGGCGAUCAGAGCGAGGGCAUCUGCAAUCGUGACGUCACUUCCCCCAUCAACGAGCUCGACGGCCAGAGCAACAGCAGUAGAGACGAGCUGAUCUUUGAUAACGACAUGCCCACCGUGAGGAGCAGCAGCAGCAGCAGUGAAGGCUUGUCUCAUCUCCUCGGCCUCAGCAGAGAGGCGUCGCUGGAGAGCAACGAGGACUCUGAUCAAGCAAAGAGGAGCUGUCCACGUCGACCCAACAAACUCCAGCACUCCAAAGGCAGGAUUCCCCAUAACAGCUCAGGAGACCGUGAGGCGCCGUCUUCCUCUGGACCUCCUCCUUCAUACACUGGACCCAAGGAUCUAGCAGAGUUUCUGGAGCAGAUCGGGUUCAGUAAGUACCUCCCCCUGCUGGAGGAGCAAGACAUCGACCUGAGGAUCUUCCUCACACUCACGGAGAACGACCUCAAGGAAGUCGGCAUCACUCUAUUUGGUCCUAAGAGGAAGAUGACAUCAGCAAUAGCCCGUUGGCAUAGUAACGCCCGGCCACCCAGUGAUGCGUUAGAGCAGGCGUACGCCGACCAACUGGAGGCCGAGAUGCAGGAAAUGGCCAUUCAGCUUCAUAAGCAAUGUGUGGAGGUGGAGUCUCUACAGGCUCAGGUGUCUCAGGAGAAGGAGCUGCGUGCCGUGAUGGAGGGAUGUCUGAUGGAGGAGAAGAUGUCGUGGAAGAGUGUUCAGGCAGAGCUGCAGGAGAACACACAGCGCGUUCAGACGCUGAGCGGGAAACUACACACUCUACGCAACACUCACACACUGCUCACGCAGGAAGACACUCGAGCGGCGGGGAAAGGCGACGGGUUAAUGUGCUCUCAGCUGCUGUCUAACAUGGAGUCUCAUAUGGCAGAGCUCGCUGACAGUCUGAAGGAAGUUCUCCACAGUCUCCAGCGUCUGAGCGCUUCAGAGAAAAACACACACAACUGGGAAGAAUCCUAGUGGCUGCCAAUGGGACACUCACUUUUACUGACGGAGGGUGAAAAACCACCCUGAACACACACACACACACACACGGCCACAGGAACGGGCCUGAGAGAACAACUCGUGUCGGUCCAGUGUGACAUGAGUUCGGACGGAGAUGACAGGCCGAACGAGGAGCAAAGACCAUGAGCAGAGUGGCCAAAAAUGACAAGCAGGCGAAGAGACUCUCACCUGUGCUCCAGUCACAUGGUACAUAACUGCAUCAUGAGAACUGACCAAUCACAGACAGAGCUGUGUCGGACAGGGCGGAGCCAGGGAAUCUGAAUCUGUGAGGAAUUCAGUGUGAAUAACAGAGAAAUACAUGUGUGGACACUGCAAGCACAGGCACUGUUUAUUGCUGUACAACCAAUCAAACCUCUUGAUUAGAUUUGUUUUAUGCCUAUUUAAAGCCUAAUAAUGUCUUCUUUUUUUUCAUAAAUCAAACCACAGAUUAUCUGUA